GAAGCCGGGUGCCCCUGCCCAAAGCCGAAGGCCUCUGCCCUCCGCCCCACAGCUCUGCAGCCGAGCUCAAGCAGGUUCUGCGCUACUUCGACUACGUCUUCACGGGCGUCUUCACCUUCGAGAUGGUCAUUAAGAUGGUCGACCUGGGGCUGGUUCUGCACCAAGGCGCCUAUUUCCGGGACCUGUGGAACAUCCUGGAUUUCAUCGUGGUCAGCGGCGCGCUGGUGGCCUUCGCCUUCACAGGCAGCAGCAAAGGGAAGGACAUUAACACCAUCAAGUCCCUCCGCGUCCUCCGCGUCCUCCGGCCCCUGAAAACCAUCAAGCGGUUGCCGAAGCUCAAGGCUGUCUUUGACUGCGUGGUGAACUCGCUCAAGAACGUGCUCAACAUCCUCAUCGUCUACAUGCUCUUCAUGUUCAUCUUCGCCGUGGUGGCCGUGCAGCUCUUCAAGGGCAAGUUCUUCUACUGCACAGACGAGUCCAAGGAGUUUGAGAAGGACUGUCGGGGCGAGUACCUGGUCUACGAGAAGGACAACGAAGUGAAGGCGCAGAGGCGGGAGUGGCCCCAGGACAACGUGCGGGGGCCCCUCCUGCCGCUCUUCACCGUGUCCACGGGGGAAGGCUGGCCACAGGUCCUCAAACACUCGGUGGAUGCCACCUAUGAGAACCAGGGCCCUAGCCCCGGCUAUCGCAUGGAGAUGUCCAUCUUCUACGUGGUCUACUUCGUGGUCUUCCCCUUUUUCUUCGUGAACAUCUUUGUGGCCUUGAUCAUCAUCACCUUCCAGGAGCAGGGGGAUAAGAUGAUGGAGGAAUACAGCCUGGAGAAGAACGAGGUGCAGCCCGACCCCAAGCCCCCCCCCCGCCACAUGCCCCAGAACAAGCAGAGCUUUCAGUACCGCAUGUGGCAGUUCGUGGUGUCGCCGCCCUUCGAGUACACCAUCAUGGCCAUGAUCGCCCUCAACACCAUCGUCCUCAUGAUGAAGUUCGACAAGGCCUCGAGCGCCUACGAGGACGUGCUCAAGAUGUUCAACCACGUCUUCACGUCCCUGUUCUCCCUGGAGUGUCUGCUGAAGAUCAUGGCCUUCGGAGUGCUGAAUUAUUUCCGUGAUGCCUGGAAUAUCUUUGAUUUUGUCACAGUUCUGGGUAGCAUCACAGACAUCUUAGUGACAGAGUUUGGGAACAACUUCAUCAACCUGAGCUUCCUGCGGCUCUUCCGGGCCGCCCGCCUCAUCAAGCUCCUGCGCCAGGGCUACACCAUCCGCAUCCUGCUGUGGACCUUCGUCCAGUCCUUCAAGGCUCUUCCCUACAUCUGCCUGCUGAUCGCCAUGCUCUUCUUCAUCUACGCCAUCAUUGGCAUGCAGGUGAGUGCCGGGCACGGUGCUCGCCCCCAGGACACUGGGACAGAUCAGCCUGGUCGCUCUACCCGCCCCCAAUGCAUGGCCCCUUCUCUGUGCGGCUGCAGGAGCGCCACGGGCGAGGCGUGGCACGAGAUCAUGCUGUCCUGCCUGAGCGGGAAGCCCUGCGACGAGAACUCGGGCAUCAAGGAGCACGAGUGUGGCAACGAAUUCGCCUAUUUUUAUUUUGUCUCCUUCAUUUUCCUCUGCUCCUUCCUGAUGCUCAACCUCUUUGUGGCCGUCAUCAUGGACAACUUUGAGUACCUGACCCGAGACUCCUCCAUCCUGGGCCCCCACCACCUGGACGAGUACGUGCGCGUGUGGGCCGAGUACGACCCUGCUGCCUGGGGCCGGAUGACUUUCACGGAUAUGUAUGAGAUGCUGAGGCAUAUGUCUCCACCCCUUGGGUUAGGGAAGAAAUGCCCACCCCGGGUUGCUUAUAAGAGGCUGCUCCGCAUGGACCUGCCUGUGGCUGACGACAACACCGUGCACUUCAACUCCACCCUCAUGGCGCUGAUCAGGACGGCGCUGGACAUCAAGAUCGCCAAAGGAGGAGCAGACAAGCAGCAGAUGGACGCGGAGCUGCGGAAGGAGAUGAUGGCCAUCUGGCCCAACCUCUCCCACAAGAACCUGGAUCUGCUCGUCACCCCUCACAAAUCGACGGAUCUGACGGUGGGGAAGAUCUAUGCUGCCAUGAUGAUCAUGGAGUACUACCGGCAGAGCAAGGCCAAGAAGCUCCAGGCCAUGAGAGAGGAGCAGAAUCGAACGCCGCUCAUGUUCCAGCGGAUGGAGCCGCCGUCCCCCACCCAAGAGGGGGUCCUGGGACAGAACGCUCUCCCGUCCUCCCAGCUGGACCAAGGGGGUGGCCUGAGUGCGCCGGAGGGGGGCAUGAAGGAGAGCCAGUCCUGGGUCACCCAGCGGGCGCAGGAGAUGUUCCAGAAGACGGGCACCUGGAGUCCAGAGCGAGGCCGCCCCGACGACAUGCCCAACAGCCGUCCCAAUUCCCAGGCUGUGGAGAUGAGAGAGAUGGGGAAGGACGGCUACUCAGACAGUGACCAUUACCUCCCCAUGGAAGGGCACGGCCGGGCCGCCUCCAUGCCGCGACUCCCGGCUGAAAACCAGACGAUCACAGACACCAGCCCCAUGAAGCGCUCGGCCUCCAUGCUGGGCCACUCGCGCGCCAAAGGCAUCCGGCUGGACGACUACUCGCUGGAGAGGGUGGUCCCCGAGGAGAACCAGCGGCACCACCCGGGGGAGGCCUCAUUCCCUGCCCCCGAGCCAGAGCAUCGUAACCUCUGUGCCCCCCCCGCAGGGCUGGGCACGGAGCUGAGCAUGACCACACCGUCGGGCGACCUACCUCCCACAGAGCGAGAGCAGGAGCGAGGACGGCCCAAGGACCGGAAGCACCACCACCAUCACCACCGCCACCGCCACCACCACCCCUCCUCCGACAAGGAGCGCUACUCGCAGGAGAGACACGAGUACAGCCGGCCCCGCUCCAGAGACAGGCGCUGGUCCAGGUCCCCCAGCGAGGGCCGCGAGCACAUGCCCCACAGGCAGGUGGGUCUCGCCUUCCGCUCUCCCCUUCCCCUCCCGGGGGGCAAAGCAGAGCCAGCCUGGAGCCCCUGCCUCGCUGGGUCUUACGCCGCGGAGCCUCACCCGGGACCCCGGCAUGGCGGCAGUGGUUAUUACCGGAGCCCGGAUUACCCCGUGCCCCCCAGCGAGGAAACCUUCUAUGAGACCACACACGUCAGCAGCUCAGGGCGUUCGCCCAGGACUUCCCGGGCGGGUGGUGGCGCUUCACCCUCCAGGCCUGGGCGGCGACUUCCUAACGGAUAUUACGACUCCCAUGGAGCAGCCCGGCCACGCUCCUGUCAAGGACUGCAUGAACCCUCGAGCGAAACUGACGAAGAUGACUGCUGCUAACCUGGAAGCGGUUUGACACGCACGCACACUCGCCACACACACACAUGCUGGAGAGAGACGACAUUGCCAGACUGGGGGUGGGGGAAGGAAAAGCACACAGAAAUCACACCAAUCCGCCCGACGGGGGGAGAGGGCAUCUGGAGAGAGACCGAGCGCUCGCA